UGACGUUUCCGGCCGGCUCCUUUUACUCCUCUCCGCUUCCCCUGCAGAAGGUCCUUCUCUGAGCUCCAUCAUGGCGAACGUUGCUGAUACUAAGCUAUACGACAUCCUAGGGGUAUCCCCUUCUGCCUCUGAAAAUGAACUUAAAAAGGCAUACCGCAAACUAGCAAAAGAAUAUCACCCUGAUAAGAAUCCAAAUGCUGGAGACAAGUUCAAGGAGAUCAGCUUUGCCUACGAAGUGCUGACCAACCCAGAGAAGAAGGAACUGUACGACCGCUAUGGGGAGCAGGGCCUUCGGGAAGGUGGUGGGGGAGGCGCGGGGAUGGACGACAUCUUCUCCCACAUCUUCGGAGGGGGGCUCUUUGGCUUCAUGGGCGGACAGGGCCGGAGCCGGAAUGGCGGCAGGCGAAGAGGGGAGGACAUGGUGCACCCACUCAAGGUGUCCCUUGAAGACCUGUACAAUGGAAAGACAACCAAAUUACAGCUAAGCAAGAAUGUUCUAUGUAGUACCUGUAACGGGCAGGGCGGGAAGACCGGAGCUGUGCAGAAGUGCACGGCCUGCCGGGGCCGUGGCAUGCGCAUCAUGAUCAGACAGCUGGCCCCCGGGAUGGUGCAACAGAUGCAGUCUGUCUGUACGGACUGUAACGGAGAAGGUGAGGUCAUCAGCGAAAAAGACCGCUGCAAAAAGUGCGAGGGCAAGAAGGUGGUGAAGGAGGUCAAAAUCCUGGAGGUCCACGUGGACAAAGGCAUGAAGCAUGGCCAGAAGAUCACCUUCGGAGGGGAGGCGGACCAGGCGCCCGGGGUGGAGCCCGGUGACAUCGUCCUCGUCCUUCAGGAGAAAGAACACGAGACGUUCAGAAGAGAUGGCCACGACUUACACAUGACCUACAAGAUUGGCCUUGUGGAAGCACUGUGUGGAUUCCAAUUCACACUGAAGCACUUAGACGGCAGACAGAUUGUGGUGAAAUACCCCCCUGGCAAAGUCAUCGAGCCAGGUUCGAUCAGGGUUGUGCGUGGUGAGGGAAUGCCACAGUACCGCAACCCCUUCGAAAAGGGGGACUUGUAUAUCAAAUUUGAUGUUCAGUUCCCGGACAACAACUGGAUCAGUCCUGAGAAACUCACGGAGCUGGAGGACUUGCUGCCUAACCGGGCGGAGCCCCCGAUCAUCUCGAGCGACGCGGAGGAGGUGGACCUGCAGGACUUCGACGUGGGCCAGGGCUCGUCCGGGGGCCACCGGCGCGAAGCCUACAACGACAGCUCCGACGAAGAGAGCGGCCACCACGGGCCGGGGGUACAGUGCGCCCACCAGUAGGAAACCUCCCGCGGGGCAAGAAAAAAAAAACAAGUUGCACAAGAGAAAAAAAAUCUGAUCUGGUAUAAAUUUUCCAUAAGGUCAUAGCCCCACCCCUGUCACUUCUCCUCUCCAUCCACCCCUCCCACAUUCAGCCCUCAUUGAGUGCCCCGUCCCUCCUAACUGGCAACCCAGAUCAGCUAGAGAAGGUCACCAGUCGCUACUUGGUGUGUAACUUGCAUUUUUUUUGGUCAUAGUAUUUACAGUUAAUUUAAUCUAACCAUAAUUGCAGAAGUUUUGCCUCCGACUCCACUGUCAGAGCUGAGAGUCAGUUGGAGAGAUCCUGACCAGACCAGGGGACAUGCUGGUACACAUUUUUUGGUUUGUACUUGUAUCCGUGCUUGAUUUUUACCAGUUUUUUCUUUGUAGAUUUUUACUUUUUUUUCCUUACAUAUUUUAAAAUCAAAAAAAAAAAGUUGUGUAUAAGAUGAGUGAUUGACAUUAAGCUUUGUAUCAGCUGCAGUCCUCAUAAGCUGCUGUGGAAAAAUAGCAAUGAUUUCAUAGCCCGUAUCUGUCCUAAACCCAGGUGCAUGUUAAAGAACAUUGGAUCCUGCACUGAUUAAAAAAAAAAAUGUCAAAUUGGAGCAAGUGAAGCCUUGACAAAAUAAAACGUAGGUAUAUUACUUCUGUGAAAGGUUCCUGAGUUGAAUAAAAUGUUCUUCAAAAUC